AUUACUAGUGCAAAAAACAAUAACAUGCCAACGUUGUUUAGUGGCACUGUGGUAGAAUAGACAGCUACGCCAUAGAGACGAAUGCGGAAGUGUUUCACGAAGCGAAGAGUCGAAUCUAGAGAGAGGCGGACCCAACAGGUUCAACAUUGAAUCAAAAGGGCUGAUCUAGGAGUCAACUAAAGUAUUCACUGCUCACCACCACCUAAAAUCAACAUGAGCUCGGACGAAAAUGUGUCCGUUUAUGAUGAGGAGCAUUCCUCAAGAUUUAUGAGGAAGGCAAAGGAGUCACCAUUUGUCCCUAUAGGUAUGGCUGGAUUUUGUGCGGUGGUUGCUUAUGGUCUAUACAAGCUAAAAUCCAGAGGGGACACAAAGAUGUCUGUUCACCUUAUCCACAUGCGGGUUGGAGCACAAAGCUUUGUAGUAGGCGCAAUGACAUUAGGUGUGAUCUACUCCAUGUACAAUGAAUAUCUGGCUCCAAGGAACCAAGAUAAAAACAGCAAGUGAACCUACUUGCCAGUAAAGCAGGUCAUUGAGUUUGAUGAUUAAAAAUGAUUGCCUGAACGAUUUUCCUUCUUAUGACUAGAAUUCGCAAAUGAUUCCUCCUAUCAAAGUAACAUUCCACUUUUGGCAGGGCAUUUGAUUUGGUAAAGUCAACAUCACAGUUUUCACCUAAACUAAUUUAAUUACCUUUUUAAUUCAAUUUUAUGUAGGUGAAUUGGUAAAAAAAAAAAAAUCCUUAGUAUAAGUACCUGGUUUGUAAUCCAAUUGCGAGUCAGAGGACAUAAGUUAAAGUCCCAGUAUGGGGAGACUUGAGGGGGAGUGACUGACGAGCAGCUUGACUACCCGUCACACUAAUACACAUAGAAAUACCCUCUAGAAUCAUUCUACCAUGACUCUUGGAUAGGAAGGCAUCUUGUUCAGGAAUUAAUUCCAAAUGAUCAUUUUUAUGGAUAAGAAAUAGAUUACAUGCAUAUCACACCUCUGACCUUUAUACCAGAUACCUGUCAGUGUGGCUACCAUUAAGAUGGCUCUAUAUAGACAAGCCAAAUGAUAUCCUCCACUAAUAAUUUUAUCACAAAAAAUUAUUUUUGUUGUAGAUUUGUAUUCUUGUCUCCAAGUAAUAAAGUAAUAUAUUUAACAGAGUUGAGAUACAUUUUCCUAACUUUAUUAUGGAUGAAAAAGAGUCUCAAACACCACUAUUGAAGUUGUACAAGUUUUAUAUAAUAAUGCUGUCUAGGCGAUCAAGAACUGUGACAGAAAUAUAAAUAUAUUUUAAACAAAUAUUGUCUUUUUCUUUUGUCAUUUCAAUUUUACAAAUGUUAAGUUAUAUAAAAAGCCAAUAAAAUGUUGAUACUUUGGUUCUUUAAAAAAAGUAACAAUAAUUUACACAAUUAUUAAAUAAUUAUUUCACACCAAAUAAGUCAGUACAGAACUACGAUACCUUUAAAAUGAUUUCCAUUUCAAACAAAGAAAGCUACUAUAGUGACAAAGACCAGGACUGAACCCUAGAAAUCUGAUAAAGUACACAUAAUUUAUAAGUGCUUAAUGUCCCAUAAUCCAGUAAAAUUAUGUAGCUGUUAUCAUUUAUAUUAAUUAAUAUUAAUGACAAAUAAAAUAGUAUACAUCUUAAAUAACUAUUGCUGAUUUUAGUCUAUGCCAAAAGGUUGGAAUAAAGGUUUUGCUACAAACUAAACAAUAAAUUACAGUAAAAAUCUGAUUUUGAUUUGGGUUUUCACAUCACUACAUAGACUGACAAAACUGUGUAACAAUAAUUUACUUCAACAGUAAAAUAGUGUAACAAGCUAUUACAGCACUAACGAAAGUAACCCGUGACAGCCCAAUUUGUUAACCAACUUUUGGAAUGUCAAGUGGAAUGGCAUAAGGCACCAGUAAACAUAAGGUUGUGUUUACAGAAUGUGUUUACACUUUAAAGACACUGAGGCAGAGUGUAAUACUGUCCUGGUUUAGACUCAUAGGUCCCUCUUAUAGUUCAGGUCAUACUUGUAUUUUCUCUCUAGCCACAGGUCCACUUCUAAUGUCCACCUCUGUGAUGAGUCCCUUCCUCCACUACAUCAUUGUCCAUGUCAUUCAGAAGGUAGACAUCAGUGUGCCCAGACAGCCCAAGACGCACCUGUAAGCAGAAAGUACAGAAAAUUGAUCAUUUUAAUUAAUCUGAUCUUGUUUUCACCAACACUCCCCCCCCCCCCCUCAUGAUUUAUUUGACAUCAGUUGAGUAUUACAGUUAGGUCUAGCCUAUGGAAGCUUCUAAGCACAUUUAUGAUUUUGUCCAGUAUUGUAUAUGUUGAAGCAUACAAUACUAAAUUGAGAGAAAUCAGUAGACCAAUGGAAACCAAUCACAUUGUGUUUACUAACAUUUUAACCUUGGUAUUCUUGCUCAUUACAGUCUUUAAAUUAUUAUAGGUUUGGUUGGUUCAGGUUAAUGGCCAUAAAAAGCUGUCAGAUGGACAAAUGGCUCCUUCUUGUUUUUACCUUGAUUCAUACUGUACGUCCCAAAUCCUAUCAGAUUUGUGUUGAGGACUGAACAAGUGCUCAUUUGAUGGAAACAGUAUGGUGAUGAGCAUAGUGGAGAUACGUGUUUACUUACUACAACAGGAACAGCCAGCUUGCAGCAUAAGUUAAAACAAAUGGGCAUCAUCAAAGGCUUUUAAAGCAAUAGGCUGGCUCUAAUUUCACAAGGUUAGCCCCUUCAGAACACCCUAGAAUCAGAAUCAUUACUCCCAGAAUUAGCGUCAAAUGCAAUUGAAAAAAUAUGCUGAACCUCUCUGCUUGACACCAAGAAACAUUCAUAGAAAAUAAUCCAUGUUCUCUUUUUAUUUUGUAUACAUGGUGUUGCAUCAUUCAGUAGUUACUCACAGAUUUAGACAGCUUAUACAGUAUCUACAGUACGUGUUACUGCCGUGUCAUUUUCAAUCAAAAAAAGUACAGACCAACUGUCCCCACACUUUCAGCCAUUAUAUCACACAGAAAGAGGCACAUGCAUUACAACAAACAUGGGCUGACCAGAGAACACAGAACACCACCCAGAAAUAUAACAUAUAGUCACAUUUAUCUCCAUAAAAUACUGUAAAAACAUUAUGAAAUCUAUAAAAACCUAUUUCCAUGCGAAACAAUAUUUUAUAAAUUGUGUUUGGUCCACUGCAUCAAACAUCAACAAUAAUACAGAUCUUGCGGUUUAUUUAUGGAUCUAUGUACACACAUUUUAAUGUGUCAAGGCUUUAAUAUUACUUUCUCGCCAACAUGGAUCUCCUGGAGCAAAAAUUAUUUGCUCGUCAUCAAUACAACAAUUUAUCCCU